GACAUCGUGACGGAGAGCAACCAGUUUGACUUGGUUGGCUUCAUCCCACUGCUGCGUGAGAGGAUUUACUCCAACAACCAGUAUGCCCGCCAGUUCAUCAUAUCCUGGAUCCUGGUCUUGGAGUCUGUGCCUGACAUCAACCUCUUGGAUUACCUACCAGAAAUCCUGGAUGGGCUCUUCCAGAUCCUGGGAGACAACAGCAAAGAGAUAAGGAAAAUGUGCGAGGUGGCUCUCGGGGAGUUCCUCAAGGAGAUCAAGAAGAACCCCUCCAGUGUCAAGUUUGCAGAAAUGGCCAAUAUCCUGGUGAUCCACUGCCAGGCGGCGGAUGACCUGAUCCAACUGACAGCCAUGUGCUGGAUGAGGGAGUUCAUCCAGCUGGCUGGCCGGGUGAUGCUGCCUUACUCCUCAGGGAUCCUGACUGCUGUCCUGCCGUGUCUCUCCUACGACGAUCGCAAGAAGAACAUCAAGGAGGUGGCAAAUGUGUGCAACCAGAGCCUGAUGAAGCUGGUCAUCCCAGAGGAUGAUGACAUGGAUGAGGCCAAGCAGUCGAUGGCCCUACUGGCAGAGCCCACCUCGGAGGAGUCCCUCUCUAAGCCAGAGGCAGCGUCCAGCG